GUGAGUAACAACAUCCAAACGUGUUGUCGGCAAUAAAAACCUCACUACUAGAACUAAAAAAAAACCUCGUAAGUGUGGAGCUGUUGCAGUUUGACAAGUCCUUUGCUUGGAGCGAAGAAUGCACCGGCGUUUGAAAGCGGUUGUUGAAAAUAACCAAAGAUUGAAGACCUUUUCGUGAAAGUAUGUCAUAAAAACAAGGACCUACCUUGUCGAAAAUUGCUCUGGAACGCAAAGCAUUAGAAUUAGGACAGUCAAUCUAUCAACUUUACCUUUAAAAUGUCUUAGUGACAAAUCAACCCAAACGUACCUGUGUUGUGGUGCCAUUUCGUUACCGUCGUGCCAUCAAAAUGGUACCCAUGAAAGCCACCGGGAAAGGCUACUCCCACAGGAUAUGGUCCCGCAGCUAUACGAUACAGUGACGUAAGCGAAUACCAUUCCCCUCUAGGGAAUCCGGCUACCUUUUCCCGUGGGUUUGCCCCAUUCUACUUCGAAAGAAGCAAAGAAGAUAGAAAGCAGAGAAUAAAACAAAACCCCACGGACGAAACGGUAGCGGGGUACAUUAAAAUGGGGGAAAAAGCAUGUACCAUUACCCGGGGAAACUGUGGAAACCACACGGCAAGGCACGCUUGGUGAUGUGGUAAAAGCGGCUCAAAACCAUACAGCAAGGAUAUGGUGCCCGCCACUUGGUUGGCCCGGUUUUGGCUUGUGUCGUUUGCAAUAAUGAGAAAAAGCAGCGACAAUAACAGCACUACGAACCACAAACAACCAGGCAGCAGAUCAACCAAAUGGCAGCGCAAUCCGAACGAAUGAGUGUCAAAGCUCCGUUCUCUGGCCGGUGUGUCGGUCGGGACGGCUCGCUUGACAGAAUGAAAUGUCCCGGCUGAUAGCCUGGCUGGCGCGGUUUGAACAACACCAGGCGGUUGUGGCUGUGUAAACAAAACGGUGGGAAAAAUGUGUCACAACUUAAUGAGGAAAGGCAUUGUCACGGGCGCAACACAAUGGCAAUCGACAAUGGCGCACAACACAACCUGCGAGAUAUGCGAUAAAAGCUCUUUUUGUUUGUUUGUGUGUGUGUGUGUAUUGUGCAAAAGGGUGACGUUUUUCAGCUUUGCACGAUCCUUUCGUCCAAAAACCCCUUGGCUGGAUGUAAGCUGGCGUGUAUGUGUGUUGGAAUGUGUUUUUGCUGUUCCUCAUCAGCUUCACAUUUCACAAUUAAAAGUGCCUGAGAAGGUGCUUACAGGCUUCUGGGGUGACAUUUAAAGCCAUAAAGCGACCCUUCAUGAACCGUGUGUGUCGGUGUCACACGCAAAUUGGACACGGUGCAUGCGAGAUUGCAAUAAUCAAGAAAUAACACCAUUUUCGCUGACACCGAACGAGCCUCGUGGGCGGCAUGCGGGCAGGACCGGAAAACGGUUACGCUUCACACGUUUAUUUCUGAGUUCGAGGACUGGUGAAGGUGAACAAUUUGCUUCCAGUACAUACAGGGAUAUACCCGUGUGUGUGUGUGUGUGUGUGUGUGUGUGUGUGUGUGUGUGUGUGUGUGUGAGAGAGAGAAAGAGAGAGAGAAACAGAAACAAAUGGCAAGGACAAGGGUCCAGUGUCCUUUUUUAGCCGAGUAUGCGCUGCAAGCCGUUCGAACGGAUCAUCCGACAGGCGAACGCAGCAUUGCGUGUACUACCAAAGCAAAUGGUUUGGUUUUUUUUCCAUUUUUAUACUGCUUCCUUCCCCGCUUGGCGCCAACCACGAAGGAUGAGCAUUGCGACAGAAUGUCUGGCUGCUAAGGGUUUGGCUGGCGCACGAACGUCUGCGCUGACUUUCCCGCUACACAGCGGUGACCGUACACAGCAAUGUUCUAGCGAAAACGGGGUUUUAGCUCCGGGGGCAGUUUAAUGUGGGCUGGGAUGAGCGGUGCACUUACACUCUGCCAGGACAUUAGUAUUUUGUUCUCCCAUUUGCUCGCUAAGCAAACGGUGCGCGCUCGGUCAGUGAGGAAGUAGGAAGCGGAGUUUUUGUUUCUAGACGCACAACUAAUAUAGGGGCGAGUAAGUCACGAUGUACGACGAUGGUGCUGUAGGUUAGGAGAUAUCGAUCCGCAGGCAAAGCGGACUGUAACCGACACUAAGUUUGUCCUAGAUUUGUGCUUUUUAUUGUUGUUAUUCUCACGAAUAGGAAAACAUACAUGACAUAAAAGCCUGCUUUUGAGGAGGAGCAGAGAACUUUACAUAAAUCAAACAAAAGAAACAACUCCAUCGGCCUGUAAGUCGUACAGUAAUGUUGCUCUUUUCAUCUAUUGACAUACAAUUCGUCUAUGGACUACAGACCAGGGAUUGGAAAACUUUUACGGACACUGAUUUAAUUAAGCAACUAAAGAGAUUGAAAAAAGCUUUCAUUUUUCUCACAGAAUUUGGAGCAUUAGUAAAUUAUAUUUACUAUGUUUUGCGAUUGUUAUACCACUUACAUACAUUUUUAAACCACUUCAUACCAUCUGAAUCAAAAAUAUGUUAAAAUGGAAUAUUAUUAAUUUAUGAAAUAUUAUUAAAUUAAUGUGUGGAGCCUAUAAAGUCAGACAAUGCUUUGUGACGUUCAGCAAGGGUCUGGCCAUAAUGUUCACGAAAUUUUAAAAUAAAAGCCACUCAUAUAAAAUGUAGAAAUGGUUUGCAAGCCGCUUUUUAGGGUCUCGAGGGCCGUAUUUUUCCGCGGACCUUAAUUUGAAGACCUCUUGCCUAAUUCGUAAGAUAGCAAACACGUCAAUCUUUACAGGUUUUAUUUUCCUUCUUUUCAAUGUAUUGAACUUUUUUAGUUUAAUUGAUUCAUAAAAAAAUAAUAAUACACAUUUUAAAAUUUAAAAAAAACGGUAAACAUGAUAAAACCUAUUAGAUUUGAAAAAAGUUUGAAUAAGGUCAUAAGUGUGCAACGAAGCCAGCAGCCCUCAAACAUUUAUUUUAAAGAUGUUGGUCCUCAAAUUAUUCAAAUUUAUUAAACAAAUAAAAAUUGUUUACUAGUUCAUUUUGACAAUUUCAACUCAUGAAACCUCUGUCAAGCUUAUAAGUGCUCAAUGUACAAUAUUUUUAUAUCCCUUAAAAAUAAAGGUUCCUCUUUAGUAGUUGGUGCCUGUUUCUAAUGUCCAGAUUUUACCAAAACCCCUUUCAAUAUCCUUUUAAAUUUGUGAUUUUGCAACUAAUAGCACUUUCUUGAGUUUUAAAUCUGUAAAAGUACCACAAAUUUAUGCUCACAUCGUACUGCUUAGACUUCAUAUAAAUCAAGCUGCAAAACCGGAAUUUGUAUAUCUCUGGCAUAGGCCUUCAGACUUAAUUGUUAAGAAAUAUUACCUUGAAUUUGCUGAGCUAGCGAUUUCAUAAAAUUCUUGGUUGGCUAGGUGCAUUUCGGCAUUUAUUACCCUUAGAGAAUAAAACGUUAAGAAGAAUAAAUGGCACACAGGUAGCCCAAUUUUACCUAAUCUCGUACGGGCUCUACUUUUCCCUUGGAAAAAUCCUAAACGUUAGGUAAUACUUUCAAACUGACCAUUAUGUUUAGGACUUACCCGGGCAAAAACUUACCCGUUUAGCAAACCUAAUUCUUUGGGGACGAAAAUACACCAUUCGCCCGUUCGUACAACGGGGUAGCAAAACGGGGUAGAUUCUAAAGCCUUCCUCGUACCAAACAAGCAGACAGUCGCAUCAGAUAUCUUCCACCAGCCAAACGGUACAGGUCGCAGCCGCAACCUAACCAAUUGUUGAAAAGCUAUCUUCAAAUUAGUGAACUUUCCCAACCGUGCACCGGCAGAGUUUCACCGAAACGAGCGCCACAUAAUUGGAAUAAUUGGACCCUGCCAUCGGAGGAUGAUGAGUGAAAGCAAGUGUGCUGUGUGCGUGUGAUUAGUUUGGCAAUUUAAAAGCUUAAUAUUCGAUUGUAAAGUGCAAGUGCGGUGCGGCGGCAGUGGGUGCGACAAGCGGAAGCGAUGGCAUCGAUAGGGGUGGCUUCGAACAGCUACCACCGGCCGGCCGACGAGCUGCUGGCGGACGACGCGAACGCAAGCUACUUCAUCGACACGAACUCGUUCAGCGCGCAGGAUUUCGACCUGUUCGUCCACUCGCUGGAGGAAACGUACCACGCGCAGUUACGGGCGCAGCAGCCCAAUCACACGGUCGAGCCGGCGGCCAUCUGCUCGGAGGAUGAGCGGGAUCGGUACAGCCUGUGCGAGUCGUUGGCACGGUACGCGCAGCCGGACGAGAUCAGCAGCUACGGCGGUACGCCCACGUCCAGCUCCUGCUGUUACCCGAGCAGCUCGGAAGAGUCGCUGCUGUCGGCGGACGCACCGCACAACAGGCGCAUCGGGCGCGACGACCCGGCGCCGCUCGUGACGCGCAAAAGUUUCCUCAACAUCUUCCAGUACUUCGACCAAGACGUCACGCUCGCGGAAGAGGAUCGGGAGCUACCGGCGGUGGAACAUGAUUGCCCAGCAUUGGACGGUGAAGCAGAUGAAGCGAAGCGGCGGGAGCGCAGCAAGAAGAAAGCGGUGCUGCGAGAGUGGGACACGAAUGUGGAGCAGCAGCCGGGUCGGCGGCCGCCGAAGCAACCGGUGGGCCGGCUGAACGCGCAGCUGCUGCAGAUGUUCGAAGGUGAAAAUGAACACCAGCGCAGCAUCCAUUUGUCGGCACCGUGCAACAACAACAACAACAACAACAACCUCAGCCAAUUGGUAAGGUCAGCGGGUGCGAAGAAAGUGCCAAUUACGAUGCAGCACAACCCCAUCGGGCCGGCGGAAAAGUCGGUCAACGGCGGGGGAAAGCGGCACGGCACGAAACCGGCCGACCCGGGCAGUGCCGGCGGACCGCGCUGCGGCCACCAGUCGCAGCCCGCUGCUGAUGGGCGACGGGUGAUGAACCGGCAGCCGACAACGGUCCCGACGACGGUCAAGAUAGUGAACGCGGCGCCCAAGGUGCAGCACGCGACGGUGAAGCAGAGCGAUCGGCACAAUCUGAACGAACGGCCGGCCCCCGGUGCGGCGGUGUCGUCCGACCGCGACAAAUGCUACGUGCGCAACAUCAACGAGCUGUUCCUGCAGUACCGCAGCCGGGAGCGGUCGGAGCAUGGCGGCGCGCUGCCCAACUUUAGCGAGCACGUCCGGGAAGCGAUCGAGCAGAUAGAGAAGAUCGAGGAGCGGCACGUCCGGUCGGUGCUCGGGCAGCAUGCGUUCGAUGAGCCGGCGCCCACCGUCAAGGAGGAAGCGAGCAGCACGACGCCGCCAGAACGACCGCAAGUGCACGGCGCGGCACAUCCACGCGCAGCAGUGAAUAAUAUCGAGCCCCCCGUCCCCGCCGGCGGCAUGGUGGCAGGGCCGGCCCAGGCGUCCGCCCUCGAUCUGCACUACCGGCUGCGGCACGAAACGUACCGGCUGCAGAUGCACAACCUGAUCGAGACGGAGCAGUUCGUGCGGAUGGGUGCGGCCGACCGGGACCGGCUCUACCUGCUGGACACGAUCUUUAACCGGUCGCACCUGAGCCUGAUCCACACGGUGCUGGCCCUCAUCCAGGCCAACAUUGGCCGGGGCGACCAGGUGCUGCUCGAGACGCGCAUGGUCGGGCCGGCCGCUGGCUCGCCCGACGGUGCCGAUGCGUUCUGUGCCGCGAUCGGGACGGGCCGGUAUCGGAUCGACGCGCUGGCGACGAGUGCGGCGGGCGAAAACUGCGUCGAGCUGGAGGUGAUUGCGGUGGACGAGGCGACCGGCCGGAUGCUGAAGAUAACGGUCGAGUUCGUGAUCGACGUGGCGGACGGGCAGACGAAUGGGCGGCCGCGCCCGGCGCCCGAUACAGCCGACGAGUUCCGGUUCGUCGUGCGGAUGGUGUUUGAGGUAAAGGGGCGGGCGAGGGACCGGUCGUUCUACACGGUGGACUGUGGCAUGUACUGGGACCGGGACCGGGUGCUGCCGUUUCUGCGCAAGUGUGCCAGCACCGUGCGGCGGACGGUGGCGAGGGCGCUGGGUCCACCCGCCCGCAGGCUCAAGUGUGCCGUGCGGCGGCGAAAGUGAGUUGUAGUGCAGAUGGUGUGCGUCUUAAAAAAAUAGCAACACAACUUGGUGGCUUUUCAAUUCCAAAGACAGAUUGUACAGUAACUCCUUAAGAUCUUACCAAUAAAUGCAAAAAAAAAAAAAGAUUUCAAACCAAGCAACGGUGUGCGUGUUUCUGUUUUAAUUUAAUGUUCAGUCAUCUUCGCAACCGUUGCUUGGCUUUGAAGUCUUUGCGCUGGUGAGCUCGUUUCGGAUCAAUUCUGUUGGAUUUGUGACGCCCAUUUUGCCCAGUUUAAGCUGUCAAUCAAGGGCGAAGAGUGUGUGAUGUGGGUUCUGCUUUAAACAUAACGACCAAAUCCACUUGAUUAGGCUGAUCAUAGACACCAGCAGGCCCCCAAACCAUCUCAUCUUUCACCCACUUGAGCGUCCAAUUGAGGUUCAUGGAGCGAUUUUUCACGCACUAUUAGUCGGUGCUUGAAACAUGGUGCCCCGGGGCGGGGCAGGAAUUUGUGUAAGACGGGCCGACACUGCGCCCGAAGCGACAGAAGAGAUGCAAGCAGGAAAGAAUCACUUCCGAGCUUCAUUUGAAGGUGUCAUUCAAACCGUUCAAAUGUUAAGCUUUUGCGACUCGACCACGCAAGCUCAAAAUACAUUUCUAAUCUUUCUUUUUUUUCUGUGUCUUCUCUCCCUCC